UUGAGUGAAGUACAAUUAUCUUGUACAAAAUUGCAUCUUGACUUUGCCAUAAAUUUGAGCAGGCGUUUUGGGAGUAAUAUGUCAAUCAUUUUGAACUAUGGGAUAAUAUCAUUGCUUCUCUUUGGCUGUCAAGCAAAUGACUUUUUUUUAAAGAAAUCAGCUGCUGCACGGUUCCUAUCACGAUUUCGUAGAGCUAACAAAUGGAGAUUGGAAGAGAUUACGUCCGGGAAUCUGGAAAGAGAGUGUUUAGAAGAAACCUGUUCCAAAGAAGAGGUCCGAGAGAUUUUUGAAAAUGAUGAGAAAACCGACAUUUUCUGGAAUUUCUACACAGGCAGUAGAAUAUGUGAUUCAUCUCCAUGUGAAAAUAAUGGGCUGUGUGUUGAUCUGUAUGGUGAAUUUUAUUGCAAAUGUCUUGGAGGAUUUAAUGGAACACACUGCGAACAAGACAUCAAUGAGUGUGAGCUCAUGAACCCUUGCCCACCAGGAACCACGUGUGUAGAUGGAAUCAAUAAAUUUACCUGCAAUUGUCCAGCUGAAGGGUGCUAUUUAUUAAGCAACUACACAGGAUUUGACCACACUUUUAAUUAAAUGUACAAGUUUACUUAUAAUCAAGUGGAGAUGAGACAUACGUUUUCUAAUUGGUAAAAGUCAAUCAUUACCUGUGAUUACUGAUCUCUUGUGAUUCUGGUAUUACAGAGUGAUGUAUAUCACGUCUGUCAUCAGUACAGUUAGAUGAUACUUAAUUUAGUUGUCAAUGCAACAAUUUUUAAACUUGUUCCAAGAAUAAAGCUACAAGUGGAACUUGUUUCAUAUUAAUAAUAAAUACUAACACUUCA